AUGACCUCAUUUGUCCUGGCGACCAUUGUUUUGCCAAUGUUCCCAAUUUAUAAACUACGAUCCCAGACUGUCAAAGGACAUCGAAGACUUUUAAUGGCGCCCACAAUCCAAGCUGCCUUACCAGUGUGUACGAUAUUCCCACCAAUUGGCAUCUAUGGGCUUUACCACCUCAGAUUUAUUAACGUUACUAUCAUCGAAUAUCUUGUCUACGUUUUCUUCGCCUUUUACCCAGCUCAGAGCCCAAUGAUCACCAUCUAUUUUGUCAAACCGUACAACAUGGCCAUACAGAAAACUACUGGCUUCUACAUGCCCAGCGAAACCGUCGGUGGAGGUCAAUUCUUUGUCGGUAUUUCAAAAUGUCCAGCUGUCCUAUUCGAGAGCAUUAACGAUGCUCAGCAUGCGUCCUCCCGUCUUUUCCCACAAUACUGUCCUGUUCCCCCGUGGCAUGUCGGUCUUUAU